CAACCCAACCACCACACGCAGCACUGCCGCACAAUUAGCACCACACACGGGCAGAGAACAUGGGGCUACUCAGUAUCAUUCGGAAAAUCAAGAGGAAAGAGAAGGAAAUGCGUAUACUCAUGGUUGGACUUGAUAAUUCUGGGAAGACUACGAUUGUGUUGAAGAUCAGUGGGGAGGACACCAGCGUAAUCAGUCCCACACUGGGCUUCAACAUCAAGACCAUCACCUACCAAAAGUAUACUCUUAACAUAUGGGAUGUUGGGGGCCAAAAAACUAUAAGAUCUUACUGGAGAAACUACUUUGAGCAAACUGAUGGUUUGGUAUGGGUGGUUGAUAGUUCGGAUCUUAGACGGUUAGAUGAUUGCAGAAUGGAACUGGAUAAUCUUUUGAAGGAAGAGAGGCUGUCAGGAGCAUCUUUGCUGAUACUAGCAAAUAAGCAGGACAUUAAAGGUGCCCUUAACCCUGAGGAGAUUGCUAAAGUACUGAACUUGGAAGCCAUGGAUAAAACCAGGCACUGGAAAAUUGUGGGCUGCAGUGCAAUCACUGGUGAGGGGCUGCUUGAGGGAUUUGAUUGGUUGGUCCAAGACAUAGCCUCUCGAAUCUAUGUGCUUGACUAAUGCCUGAUUUCAUUGUAAGACUAUUACCAUGGCACUUGUGGCAGCUGUACUGGAAUUGUUCUUCGCAAAUUUUCUGUUCAAUGAGAGCAUCUGUGUUGUGCUCCUGAGUAAUCAUUCAAUUCACAAGACAAAUUUCCAAAUGCAAGGGCUUGGCUUAUCUAGGAAAUUUGUAAAUAAAUGCAUUUGCUCACUACCGGUGAUUGGAGAAAACAUGUAGACUCAAGAGGCUAUAGGUGUUUUCAAAUUAAUAUAUUCCUUAUAUAAGGUAAAUAUGGUCGAUAUUUAUUUAUUUAUUUUUUUAAUUUGUAAAGUUACUUAA